AUGGAUACAUAAGUUACGUUUACGACAUCUAUGACUACAAACAACUUCCCGGAACUGAAUGUUCAAGAUGAAAGCUAUCCGUUUUCUGGUUCUGUUCAAAGAGAGCCGCGCUCUGUGAAAACCGGGCUUAAUGCAUGCGCGUAAAGUAUCGUCCCAGAUAAGUCUUUGCAGCAUAGGCUAAUCAGGGACGAAACUUUCCGCACAUACUUGAUUUUCAUUUAGAAGAGACUCCUUUUAAGCGGAUAUUUCCAUCAAAGCGGUAAAUAUCACCCCUGAUUGGCCAGUGCGGUCUUCAAGGACCUACCUUGGGCGGUACUUUACGCACAUGCAUUAAGCAAUUUUCCUACUGCGCAGCUAAAUGUAUUCAUGGCAUGAAAAACUAAAUGCAAUAUAAGUUGGAUCUAAAAUCAUCUUAUGCACACCGUAUGGCAUCUUACAAUACAAAUAGUGUGCGGUUGUUUCGAAAUGAUCACUGAAAUACGUGUACAUAUUGUACAUACCGAUAACUGACAUUCCUAUUUAAAAAAAAUAAUGGCAUAUUCGUGAUGUUAUUAUCUAUGUGAUAAAAUAUUUUUUACAAUCUGCUGAUUAAAAAUAGUUAAAAACCAACUAAAUAGCUGGAAAUUGCAGCUAUACAUCACAAUUCGUCCAUUUGUUGUGAUUCUAUUGAAGUUAAUUAGAAGUUUUUCAAGGACACACUCCCGGUCCACACAUGAUGCAGCCUCUAGGGCGGUAGGGCUGUAUAUAUUUCGAAAAAAACAAACAACAAUGUUGAGUGUCAUGGUGAAGGAAGUCGACUCGUCCUCGUGUCUGAUAUACGAUGACUCAUAAGAGGCGUCUGUGCACAUCAUUACGUGGCAAAACAAAAAAGUUCUAUUAAAAUGUUAGCUUGGUUUCCUUCAAUUUCACACAGUGGUUCCUACAGACUGAUCUCGGAAAAGUUACUUUUUCCGGGAUACAUAUAUUGAUGGGACACUCAUUUCCUUGUGAGACCCAUAAGCGUUAUUGCUGAUUUAGGGCAACUACUUUAAAUGACAACUCAAUAUGUUACAAGAUUGAUAUCGGUAAUUGUGUAUUUUUACCUCUUGUAAAUCAUCGGGAAUGACAAAUUCGACUAUAGCUAUUUGUUGAAAAUAUAAUCGGCUUAUUUUCCGUGCAUUCAAUUUAUACAAAGCGUCAAACUCGAGACAUGAUACUCAAGUGUGUACGUGAGAUACUCUAUCGCGUAAAAACAAUCAGUGAGCACGGGAAACUCGGGUCAGUGUACAGUGACGCAAUUUCCAUAGUGGAGAUGUGGUCGAUGUGUUUGAACCACGCGUGUUUCUAAAAGGAGUAUUGUAAGGUUAAGCAGCGUUUUUAGCAAAACAAAUCGAACCAUUUCCGGUCUUUUUUCGCUCAUUUCUGCGCACCAGGAUGGCCCACUUUAAGUUCGACAACCUGUUGACGGAAAUGACUCGUCUCGACGCUCCACUGACCAGCGGGCCGCCAAUGCGCUUCAACCGGAAAUCAUCGUCAGGGUUGGGCCUUUCGCCGCGUCCCGUUCGGACGCCAGGCUUGACCCCUACUUUCCCAGAUUCGGGUCAUGCGGUCAAAUCCCCGACGAGCGCGCGCACUCCCGGGAAAUCCCCGGCGCGACUACCGGUACCCCAGCACAGAGGUCGUUGGAAGACGCCGUCAAAAACACCAAACAAGUCGAGUCAGCAUCAACAUGACAGGUUCAUCCCCAACCGCACCAACAGCGACUUCGACAUGGCGGGCUUCACCCUCACGCGACCGGAAGGAGAGGAGGAUGAAGAAGUGCAGUCGCCGACGAAGGUCGAGUACCAGAAACAGCUGGGAGCCGCCAUGAACAUUCCCGAAAACGCCAAGAUCCUCUCGUACAAGGAGAACAAACCGAAGCCCGCUGUCGGUCAUGCAAACAAUCUGCAGGUGAUCUACAGCAAGACGAAGGCGCUGGGACCCAACCAGGUGCACAAGAGGAUCAUACCCAAGGUGCCGGAACGCAUCCUUGACGCACCGGAACUGCUCGACGACUACUACCUGAAUCUGCUGGACUGGUCGUCCACUAACCAGAUGUCCGUGGCGCUCGGGCCGGCUAUCUAUAUCUGGGACGCCUCUUCCGGUCGCAUCGUGCAGCUCAUGUCCACCGCAGUCCCCAACGAGUACAUGUCGGCCGUCAAGUGGAUUCAGCAGGGGACAAUCCUGGGCGUGGGGACCAGUCAAGGAGAAGUGGAGCUGUGGGAUGUGCCGACGGAGAAGAAGAUCCGGUCCAUGGGAGGUCACGCCGCCCGCGUGGGGUCGCUGUCAUGGAACUCGCACAUCCUCACCAGUGGGUCUCGCUCUGGCGCCAUACAUCACCAUGACGUCAGGGUGGCCAAUCACAACGUGGGAAUUCUGAACAAUCACACGCAAGAUGUGUGCGGGCUAGCCUGGUCACCGGACGGGAAAAUGCUCGCGAGCGGCGGUAACGACAAUGUCCUGAACAUCUGGAGUAACGUGCUCGGAAGCGACGUCAGUCCUCUACUGACACUGACCCACCACCAGGCCGCAGUGAAGGCCCUGGCCUGGUGUCCAUGGCAACACAACAUCAUGGCGAGUGGAGGCGGCACUGCGGACCGUCAUAUCCGACUGUGGAACGCACAGAGCGGAUGUCCACUCACAUGUAUUGACGCCAAGUCGCAGGUUUGCUCAGUACUCUUCAACCAACAUCAUAAUGAGCUCAUUUCCGGUCACGGGUUCUCGCAGAAUCAGCUCACCAUAUGGCGCUACCCGGACCUGAGCAAGAUAACCGACUUAGAAGGCCACAAGGCUCGAGUACUGAACCUCGCCAUGUCUCCAGACUGCACCAUGGUGGCGUCCGCCGCCGCAGACGAGACAAUCCGGAUCUGGAACUGCUUCGCCGUCGACAAGCGCAAGAAAUCUUCUUCCGUUAAGCCGACGGGGCAACCGGAAACAAUCAUGCUAAAGAGCUCCCGGAUUCGUUAACGCCAACGAGUUUCGUGUUUUGGUUGUUAACUCCAUGGGUUUCUGCAUGGGUCAUUUUCGAGCGUUAAAUAUAGACAGUUUGUUGACAAUAUGAAUUCAUGUGAACUUAAUGUGUUGUUUGAUCGUGUACAUAAUACAUGGACUGUUUUAUAUGUCGGUUAUGAAAUUUAAAACAUUGAAUAACUAUAUUGUGUUCACACAACUCACAUUGUGCAUACACUAUUAUUUAUUUAAAUUGUUUAAUUGACGAACCAUAUUGCAAUAUUACUCGUCAUAUCUAAAUUUGUAUGUAUAGUAUAUGAGUGUUUGAUAAAUGUAAUUGCGUUUCAGUAAAAUAUUUAUUUACCUUGUUUUCAGUUUUUGCACGCAUUGUAUAUACACUUUGUUCAACUAUUGUUCAUGUUGUUUAAUAAAAAAACAAACGCG